AUGGGCAGAAAGCGCGUUCUUGUUGGCUACGGCGUUGACAUCGACGCAGUAGCUGGCUGGCUAGGCUCAUACGGAGGCGAGGACAGCGUAAACGACAUCAGUCUCUGGGCCGGACACGUCGGUACACCUCGCGUGCUGAAACUCUUCGAAAAAUACAACAUCAAAGCAACAUGGUUCAUCCCAGGUCACACCCUCGAUACCUUCCCCGAAGAAUGUGCAAUGGUCCGGGACGCCGGGCACGAGAUUGGAUUACACGGUUACUCGCACGAGAAUCCAUGCGACCUGUCCACGGAGCAACAACGCGACAUCCUUGACAAGACAUAUAAGAUGUUGACGGACUUCUGCGGAAAGCCGCCGCGCGGGAUUGUCGCGCCGUGGUGGGAGGCCAGCGCGGAGAUGGUUGAGCUAUUGCUCGCUUAUGGAAUUGAAUAUGAUCAUUCCAUGUCCCAUGAGGAUUGCCAGAUGUACUGGCUUCGGACUGGGGAUACGUGGACGAAAAUUGAUUACAAGCAGAAGGCGGAGACGUGGAUGAAGCCCCUUAUCAAGGGUAAUACUACCGGUCUUGUGGAGAUUCCUGGUAGUUGGUAUAUUGAUGAUUUGCCGCCGAUGAUGUUCAUCAAGAAUUCGGCGAAUAGCCAUGGAUGGGUUAAUCCACGGGAUGUUGAGGAUAUCUGGAAGGAUCACUUCGACUAUUUUUAUCGAGAGUAUGAUGAGUUUGUCUUCCCCAUGACAAUUCAUCCCGAUGUCUCUGGUCGGCCUCAUGCCUUGCUCAUGCAUGAGAGACUGAUUGAAUAUAUCAAUAGUCACGAGGGAGUGGAGUGGGUAACAUUUGAGCAAAUGUGCGAUGAGUUCAAAGGGAAGAACGAGCCACCUGCAGGCGCACUAAUGCCAGCUGCUCCGGGAGCAAUUGCAAAGGCAGAGGCAGAGGUGCAGGCAAAGCCACAAGACUGA